GUCAGACCGGCUCCACCGGUUCAGAACUGAGGUCACGGCCCUUGUCCUUCAGCUACUCCUGCUGCCGGCCGUGCGGCCCGGUGGUCAGGUGUUCCGCCCUUCCUGGGUUAGGAGGAGGUCGCCGAACUCACCCGCCGGGACUUCAGGCUUGAAGCAGCUCCUUGCCAAGGUGGAGCUUCUCUGCUCCCCCUCGGUGACCCGAUCCUUCCCAGGGCUGCCCGGACCCCCCCGCGCGCUAUAACUGGCGAGUGAGGAGGGCCACCGCCACCGAAGACCGGAGGCCCAGGCCGCAAGUCUCCAUUCCGCCCAGAGCCAGUGAGGUCCCCGGGGAUGUCUGGACCAGAUUCGUGUUUUUAACUUUCGAAGGAGCAUCUGCUCCGCUGAGGGCGCGAAACUUGGAGACGUCUCGGAUUGGGGAAAGGAGCCCCACCUUCGUCCCUUGCCCUGUGAACCUUGACCGAGUCUCACAUCUUGUACCUCACACGAAGCCAGCAUUGCACCAGGCUCCGUGCCCACCAGCAGAGGCUGUACGCUCCUAGCAACGCUCAAAACGGCUGCCGCGCACGGUAUCCUGGGGAAUGUAGUCCUCAUUCUUUUUCAACCGGGACCAAGUCGCCCCAGACUACAACUUCCAGGGUGUUCCAUGCGAGCCUGAUUUAGUCUCGCGAGAAUUGGGUUCUGGGGGCGGGCUCCCGUGAGGGCUGUGGAGAGUUGUAGUUUCUGGCCCGAAGCCACCCUGGCCGGCGCAGGAAGAGGGCGGAGCAGAGACUACAAAUCCCAGAGGGUGCAGCGCGGCAGCCAGCAGGGCAGGGACUAAGAAAGAGGAACCGGCCGGCGCGGACAGAAACAUCUUCGUCCUUUCUGAGGACCAUCCUGGAGCAGGCAGGACACUGCUGCUGGAGUCGAGCUUGGAGCUGAGACACAGGCGCGACUGCUUCUGCUCAACAGCUGCCUUUGCCCAGGAAGAGUCACCUUAGAGAUCUGAUGAAGGCAGAACACUCGCACUGAAGUCCUGGUCUACGCCGAGGCCCCAGCCACCCAAGGGGAGACUGACCGUGGGAGACCAUGCUCAAGAUAGGAGCGGAGUUUGACUAGAACAGGUCAACAUCUGUGAAUCAGAGAUCAGAGGUGCAAAUGGCCUUGCUUCUAGGACCCUGACCUGGUGGAGUUGUUAGAGGGUACUCCGGGCUGCCCCUCCCUGGGCUCCGAGCCCUUUCUGCCAGGAAGUUCUCUUCUCAGGGACUGCAGCCUCAUGUACUCAUCUGGCCUGCUGGGCAGAAAGGUCAGGUCCAUGAGCUCCACGUGACUCAGCAGCCCAAGCUGUGCUGACCACUGGCUGCCCUGGGGACCUGCGCCGAUGUUCGCAGCUCUUAUCCUAGAAGGGCAGACCCUGCUGUCUUCUUGCUCCCUGGCAUGGCUCUGCAGUGCCUCACGUUCCUGGCUGGCCUUCUGGUGGGAGUUGCCAGCAAGUCUACAGAAAACAAGGCCCAGCAGCCAGAGUGUUGUGUGGAUGUGUUAGACAUCAAUGCCACCUGCCCUGGCACAAAUCUGUGUGGCCCAGGCUGCUACAGGCGUGGGAGUGCAGAUGGGAGCAUCAGCUGCGUGCGGUGCCAGAAUGGGACCUUCCCAGCCUACAACGCCUCCGAGUGCAGAAGCCGUAGUCUCUGGCUGGGGUGCUCAGUUUCCCAUGAACAGGAGCACAGGGACGCCUGGCCAGCCACAUUUUGGGGCUCCUCGAGUGGCGGUCUCCCUCUUUCUGGGAACAUUCUUCAUCAGCAUGGGUCUCAUCCUCUCCGUGGCUGGGUUCUUUUACCUCAAGCGCUCCAGUAAGCUUCCCAAGAUCUUCUACAGGAGUGACAAAGCCCUGGCCCUACAGCCCAGUGAAGCUGCUGCGAUGAUCCCUGCGCCUCAGUCCUCAGUGCGGAAGCCUAGAUACGUGAGGCGUGAGAGGCCCCCAGACAGGGCUGUGGACACUACCUUUCCUGCAGUGGAUGCCCGCAUCAGCAACGUCUGACCAGGAGGCCAGCUGAGACCCCAUCACCCUGUACCAUGGAGCCAGGGGCUACUCCUUGGAUGAGUCAGCAGCAGGCACAUCACCUGGGGCCUGGCACAGGCCAAAUGUGUCUCCCAGUUACAAGCUGAGCAGGAGCCUACAUCCCCUGUUUCGUCCCUCCCAUGCUGCUCAGUUAAUGGACCACUUGGUCACUUGGGAGCAAGGAGUAAGGUGCAGGCCCUCAGGAGACACAGACAGAAUUCUGGACCAGCUUGGCCUGCCGGUGCCCUAGGCUGCUUUGCUCCUCAGAAGGAUGGGGAGACCAGGCAGACCCUGACACUCCCAGCAAAAAAGCCUCACAAACCCAUCUAAGAGGAGUAAGAGCAAGGAUCAGCUGUCAGGGAAGACAUGGCCUUUCCUGGCUGAGGCCGUGGACGAACCGCCCCAGGGUGGCCAAGACCACAAGGCACAGCAUCAUGCCUCCAGGUGUUGCCCAGCCUUCUGUUGGAAUUUUGGUUGAUAGAAGAGGCACAAGAUGUUGCUGUACUCAGAGCCCAGGUCCUCAGCCUAGGUCAGGCAGACCUUUGUCCACAGGGGCAACCUGCAGCCAGCAAACAGCCAGGCACCCACAAUGAUGUGCCCACACCUGAAGCCACCAGUGACUGGCCUCAUUGGGCUGCCAGUGGCAUGCCAGCCGUGGCCCUUGUCCAGGGGCACAAGAUGUAGGUUGCUGUAGAAGACGCAGCCAUCUCCUUCCUAUGUGCUGGGCUUGGAAUGUCCAGCAUCAUCUCCCUCAGUGUCUGGCCCAUGUUGGAGUGGCCUGACCCUUUGGCACCAUGAUACACAUUUGGAGUUUACCAUUCAUCUGCUCAUCGACCCUGGUAGCUUCCUUGGGGACAAGAACUGACAGCCUCUUCCCUAGUCAGGGUGCAGGCCACCUGUGUGAAGUCGGAUCUAGUAAACCCUUGGAAGUCUC